CACACCUAUAUAAAUCAGGCCCUAGUGAUGAGCUCACACUGUCAGCACUGUGGGGUCUGGAGGCCCUAGUGGUGAGCUCACACUGUCAGCACUGUGGGGUCUGGAGGCCCUAGUGAUGAGCUCACACUGUCAGCACUGUGGGGUCUGGAGGCCCUAGUGAUGAGAGGCCCUAGUGAUGAGCUCACACUGUCAGCACUGUGGGGUCUGGAGGCCCGGUCCAUAAACCAGCCUUGGGGAGGGCCACUGCCAUCCUCCUCCUGACCAGCCUGCAGCAUGGCUCAGGGGCUUCCUCAAAGCCGUUGACCUACAACCACAUGCCUAAUGUCAGCUAUCAGCAAAAAUCAUGCUCCUGUCCAAGCAGAUCUUUAAAUUUAAUCAGCUUUGUGAACAAGGAUAAGUUCAGUGCCAUUGCUAUGCGGAGGGCUGAAGAGUAUGAAAAGUAUCUGAAAAGGAAAAAGUCAGUACUAAAUCAACUUUUGUUCGCACCAUCAAACUCCCCUCUGCAAUAUCCAAUCCAAGGAUUCAUUGUUAUUCCUCUCCAGAAGAGCCUCAUACCAGGUUUGGGUGUGAAUGGUGUGCAAAGCCAAAAUUAUUCUGUGACACUGAGUGUGAGCAGUGGGGUCCUGGCAGUGGAAAGUCUUCAGGAAAAGGGCAAAGUGAAGGGGCAGGGUGAGAAGGUGCUCUCCAUUUCUGCCUCCAGCCUGCAGUCUCUCAAUGCCCUGCUGGGUCAGGUCUCCUACAGAAGCACUGUGUACAGCAUCAAAUCUGGAGACCUGGUACACUUCACAUUUGGGCAGCACGAGGCCAUCUUCCCUGUGGUGAUCCGGCAGCCUACAGUACCAGUUCUGUACGACCCUGGAGAGGAUAUCAACUCCCAGGUAACAGUGACAACAAAGACCUUCCUGAGGUACCCUGAAGUGAACGAGCUUAUCAGAAGUAUUAGAAAGUUUUACAAAGACAUCAAAAUCAUCAUUGCGGAUGAUGGCUUUGAGCAACAGAAGCUGAACGGAUCCAUGAUUGAGCAGUACUUCAUGCCACCUGCCCAGGGUUGGUUUGCUGGCAGGAACCUUGCCGUCUCACAGGUCACCACCAAGUACUUUCUGUGGGUGGACGACGACUUCAUGUUCACAGACAAAACCAAGAUUGAGAAAUUUGUAGAAAUUAUGGAGUCUAUGCCUGAACUGGAUGUGGUGGCUGGGUCAGUAGGAACAAACAAAUUUUCUCAUACACUCAUCUAUGAAGAGGGCGAUGAGGAAGGUGGCUGUUUGACCAGAGUAAAAGGCACCUAUCAGCCCAUUCCAGGAAUCCCAAAUUGCUUCUUUGCCUCUGUGGUGAUCAACUUCUUCCUGGCUCGGACUGACGCGGUGCGGAAGGUGGGCUUCGACCCACUGCUGAAGAGAGUGGGUCACUCAGAGUUCUUCAUGGAUGGGCUGGGAGAGUUAUUGGCGGCCAUUUGUCCUGAGAUCAAUAUUGGGCACCAGUCUAAGAAAAGAAAUGACAAAUAUAAAAAAUUUCGGAAGCCACCUAAGACUGAUACCAAUGGCAAACUCUAUCAACACUUCUUCAAGAAUCAUCUUAAAUGUAUGAAGUGGUGAAAACAUUGAUUCAAAAAUUGACAUACAUACAUAAGUGUACUAUGGAAGUAUUAAAUUGGUAGAAAUGAAAUAGAUUAUUGAAAUAAAAUGUAAAAAUUA